GUUUGUACUGCGUGAUCUGCUGUUCACAGGCAGACCUUUUCGCCACCAUCCACCUCUCCGCCGUCGAUCACCAGCCCCGGGGGGCGGCCCUUCCGUAGCCAUGUACCGAUCUCUUUCAAUAUCAGCCCCCGUCAUCGGUGCCAGCGCAAUGCACCGCACGCCAUCUCGCGCCACCUUCUUGCUGGCGUCUGCGGCCGGCAGCGCGUUGCGCACCUCGGCCCGCGGCCUGUCGGUGCGUACAGAGGAUUUCUUUAGCAAGGAGGCUGUCAGCCACGCCCGCCGCGUCUCGUGGGCGCCGCACACCACGGAGAAGAAAGUGGGCGCCUUUGCGAAGCUGGCCCGGUCUAACUUCAACGAUCCCGUGCCGGAGAGCUUCCACAACGAGCCGUACUUCGAGGAGGAGAUCGAGGCCUACCGGGCGCAUCACCGGCCGGAUGUGUACAUCUACAAGUACAACGUCUCUCCGACGCACCUGUCGCUGCGCGAGUGA